AUGAAGCUGGUUUAUACAUCCUGUCACACCAUUAUAAUAUUGACAUUGCUUGCACAACAUGUCUCCACCAGCAUAGAAACUUACAAUAGAUUAUCAAGUUCCACAGUAGGGAAACCAAAAUCACUGGCUCAGUCCCCAGCUUUGGUGGGGGCGAGCAGCAGUAUUGUCGAACUGUUCGACAGUGCUGCAUACAAAGAGUUCGAGUCGGCCGCGUUAACAUAUGAAGAUCCAAGUAAUACAUCGAGUCAUUCAUCGUCCAACCAAUCACUGCCGUUUAAUUUAGAAAAUAAAACAAACAACUUCGGUGACUCUUCAUCAACGCCGAGUGGCUCACUCACAGCCACAGAGAACGCGAAUAAAACUGUUAACAACUUUAUUACGAAAAAAGUUAAAUUCGAUACCCAAUUGAAUCACUUGGUUGUAGAUACUGUGACGGGGCGUGUAUACGUGGGUGGUGUAAAUAACCUGUAUCAACUAUCGCCCGAUUUGGAGAUACACGAGAGCGUGAAGACCGGCCCAAAAAACGAUUCGGUAGAGUGUUCGAUAUUAGAUUGUCCUGCGCAUGCGAAACGUAAACCCACCGAUAACUACAACAAAGUUCUGCUUAUUGAUCGCGCCACUUCACGUCUGAUCGUAUGCGGCAGUUUAUUCCAAGGAAAUUGCACCGUUCACAACUUGCAGAAUGUGUCCAUAAUUGAGCAGGAAGUGCAAGAUGCUGUUGUGGCAAACGAUGCCAACUCAUCCACUGUAGCAUUUAUCGCCCCUGGACCACCCCAACAUCCCCUGACUAAUGUAAUGUAUGUGGGCGUCACGUAUACGAAUAAUUCCCCUUAUCGCAGUGAAAUACCGGCUGUAGCUUCGCGAUCGUUGGAGAAGAAAAAUAUGUUCCAAAUAGCAUCGUCGGCCGUGACAACUGGCACCAGAACAUUUAUCAAUUCGUAUGCCCGCGAAGGAUAUUUGGUCACAUAUGUAUACGGGUUUAGUUCGGAGAAGUUUUCAUAUUUUUUAACUACACAGCUGAAGCACAAUCAUCACUCGAAUCCCAAGGAAUACAUCACAAAACUUGUCCGUAUCUGCCAAGAGGAUUCAAAUUACUACUCUUACACUGAAAUUCCAGUCAACUGUAUUAGCACAGACCAAGGCGGCACCAAGUACAACUUGGUACAAGCAGCCUAUUUGGAUAAGCCGAGUUCGGACUUGGCUGAAAGUUUAUCAGUGACACCACAGGAUGACGUCCUGUAUGCUGUCUUUUCCGAGGGACGUGGGAACCAAUCAACUGAUAACUCUGCACUUUGUAUAUACUCAUUGAAAGCUAUACGUCGAAAAUUUAUGCAGAACAUUAAAUCGUGCUUUAAUGGUGUUGGCUCUAGAGGUCUCGAUUUCAUCUCUCCCAAUAUGCCGUGCGUGCCAACAAAACUUCAAACUAUUGGAGAAGACUUUUGUGGCCUCGACGUCAAUUCUCCACUUGGAGGCGAUCAGCCAAUUACUGCUGUACCCGUAUUGACGUUUAAGGACUAUUUAACUUCGAUUGCGGCAACGAGCUCCAGCGGUUACACAGUUGUCUUCAUUGGAACUGGUAAUGGGUAUUUGAAGAAAAUAGUUGUUGAAUCCAACACUGUAGCCAAUGAAUAUGCCGAGAUACCCAUUUCAGUUGGUUCUCCGAUUCUCAAAGACAUGCUAUUUGACAAUCAAAAUAUGCAUUUGUAUGUCAUGUCCAGAUCGCAGGUGGCAAAGGUCAAAGUAUACGAUUGCAGUGGCUACAGAACAUGCGGCGAGUGUUUGGGGGCACACGACCCAUAUUGUGGUUGGUGUUCAUUGGAAAAUAAGUGUUCGCCACGAUCUACCUGUCAAGAUGAUGUCAAUGAUCCACUUUAUUGGAUCAAUUACAAGACGGGAAAAUGUACCACAAUAACGAGCGUAAUGCCCCAUCAAUUGCAAAGGACCACUGCACGGACAUUGGAACUAAUUAUUGACCACUUGCCACAACUUAAGGAAAACUUGGUGUGUGCAUUUACCACGGAAGACAAGGCUCUGUUCACAAACGCCACAAAGAAAAGAAACGGUGUAAACUGCACAACACCACGAACGGAUAUGUUGCCACAGAUUGGGCAGGGAAAACACCAUUUUACGGCCAAAUUAUCGGUGCGCACACGAAACGGUCCGGAUUUGGUAUCGACAGAUUUCACAUUCUUCGACUGUAGUACACACUCGUCGUGUACUCGUUGUGUUUCUUCAGAAUUCCCUUGUGAUUGGUGUGUUGAAGCACAUCGUUGUACACACGAUACCGCUGAGAAUUGCCGUAACGAUAUCCUUGUAACUGGCGUCAGUCGUAUCGGUCCCAGCUACAGGUCUGGACCUGGUUUUUGUCCAACCAUAAAUGCUACAGGUGAUGGAAGCGAAAUCCUUGUAGCAGCAGGCACCAGCAAAUCCAUUAAAGUCAAGGUGCAUAUAAUCGGCCAGUUCAUCGUGCAAACGCGAUUUGUGUGUCAAUUUAACAUCGAAGGACGCGUCACUAGUUUAAAUGCUCAACUGUUGGGCGAUACAAUAUACUGUGAUAGUAUGGAAUUCCAAUAUACAUCUCGCUCACCGAAUUUAACGGCUACAUUUGCCGUUAUUUGGGGUGGUUCGAAGCCACUGGACAACCCGCACGACAUACAUGUUGUCAUAUACAGAUGCCGCGAUAUGGCCGACAGCUGUGGCAUGUGUUUAGCACUGGCACAGAAGUACAACUGCGGUUGGUGCUCUUCCACCAACACAUGCGAGGUCGAAGAGCAGUGUAAUAAGAACAACAACGAAGGCAAAACCGACUGGUUGAAUCGAAUGGAAACUUGUCCCAAUCCUGAAAUACAUUACUUUUCGCCAAAAACUGGACCCUGGGAAGGUGGUACCAACAUAACCAUCCGAGGCAUAAACUUAGGUAAGAAAUUUUCCGAUAUUUACUCGGGAGUACGCAUAGCGGGAAUAAACUGCUCGCCCUUUGAAAAAUUUUACGUGGAUACGAAGGAAAUUGUUUGCAUAGUGGACAGUCCAGGGGAGCAAAUGUAUCGUAGUGGUCGCAUUGUUGUACAAAUCGGGGACUAUCGUGGAGAAUCCAAGGAGGACUAUGAAUUCGUUGAUCCGAAGAUAUCAUCAUUUAGCCCCAGACAUGGGCCGGUGUCUGGUGGAACUCAGAUACGAAUAAUCGGUAAAUAUUUAAAUUCAGGGUCACGCAUACAAGCAUUCAUCAAUGAUCAUUUGCCAUGUGAGAUUCUCAGCGUGGAUGAAAAUCAGGCUAUUUGUAGUACAUCGUCGUCGCCCGGCAUCAUAGAAGGGCGCCUGAAAAUGGUCUUCGAUAACGGACCAAGAGAAUUUAACGAAUAUAAUUUCAAAUAUGUGCUUGAUCCCACCGUUGAGCAAGUAUAUUCCGGCACCACAGGUGGCCAAAUAAAAGUUCCAAAAGGAAUACCGGCGGGCGGCACUGAAAUAACUGUCAUCGGUACCCAUUUCAAUUAUAUACAGGCGCCGAGUAUGUAUGUGAUCUACAAAAAUAAAACGUUUCUCAGCCAAUGUCUAGUUAAAUCGUCAACGGAAAUGAUUUGCGAUUCACCCACUGUAGAGACCAGUCCCGAUGAUAUGUUGGACUCCGAGAAUCCUCAGAAGUUAGAAUACGGGUUCUUAAUGGACCAUGUUUUACAAGUACAGAACCUUUCAGCCAAACAUAACAACUAUUAUGAAUUGUAUCCCAACCCAGUCUAUUACAACUUUGAAGAACGUGUCAAGUACUAUAAGAGCGAAUAUUUGACAAUUAACGGUCGCCAUUUAGAUCGGGCGUGUAGCGAAAGCGAUGUAAAAGUUUUUAUUGGUAAAAAAUUGUGCAAUAUAACAUCGUUGUCGCGGCAGCAACUGACGUGUCGUCCUCCACUAGAACCGUUUGGCGGUGACAAUUACGACUCGGACGAUGACAGUGGUCCAGAUAGCAAGGACAGCUCUGGCCCGGAGGUAGUGGUGCGCAUUGGACGCUCGCUAGAGUAUCGAAUUGGAGUAUUAAGCUAUGCCUCGCCGAAUAUCAUGGACGAUUUGGGCAAAAAUGCCUUUGUUGUCGUUGUAUCCGGAGUCGUACUUCUGCUUUUGAUAUUCGUAGCACUAUUGGUUGCUUACAAGAAGAAGACAUCGGAGUCGAAUCGGGUUCUUAGAAACAUGCAGGAACAAAUGGACAUUUUGGAGUUACGAGUGGCAGCAGAAUGCAAAGAAGCAUUUGCCGAAUUGCAAACAGAAAUGACAGAUCUCACGGGAGACCUAACAUCAGGCGGUAUACCGUUCCUCGACUAUUGUACUUAUGCCAUGAAAAUCUUGUUUCCGAAUCACGAGGAUCACAUUGUUCUCCAAUGGGAACGGCCCGAGUUGUUGCGCAAGGAAAACGGUUUGCGGCUAUUCGGUAAGCUAAUCAUGAAUAAGACAUUCUUGUUACUGUUUAUUAGAACCCUUGAAUCCAACCGAUAUUUCUCGAUGAGAGAACGGGUCAAUGUUGCGUCGCUGAUUAUGGUUACCUUACAAUCGAAGUUGGAGUACUGCACGGAUAUUUUGAAAACACUGUUGAGCGAUUUGAUUGAAAAGUGUAUUGAGGGAAAGAGCCACCCAAAGCUGUUAUUAAGGAGGACGGAGAGUGUUGCUGAAAAAAUGUUGAGCGCAUGGUUCACUUUCCUUCUGUACAAAUUUCUAAAGGAGUGUGCUGGGGAGCCGCUGUACAUGCUCUUCCGUGCUGUCAAAGGUCAAGUAGACAAGGGCCCAGUGGACGCAUGUACAUAUGAAGCUCGGUACUCGCUGAGUGAGGAGAAACUUAUUCGACAGCUUAUUGAUUUCAGACCCAUGACGGUCUAUGCCAGCAUAAUACAGCAACCAAUAUUUUGCAACAAUGUGGAGAUGUUGCCAACGCACACUGAGAACGUGCCAGUCAAAGUUUUAGAUUGCGACACCAUAGGACAAGUUAAAGAGAAGUGCUUGGACACGAUUUAUCGGAACAUACCGGCUAGUCAAAAACCAAGAAAGGACGACUUGGAUCUAGAAUGGCGUACUGGGGCUACCGGUCGUGUAAUUCUGUACGAUGAAGAUACCACUUCCAAGACCGAAAACGAGUGGAAGAAACUAAACACGCUCCAACAUUACAAUGUCCCAGAUGGCGCUGCACUCAGCUUAGUUCCCAAGCAAAGUUCUAUUUAUAACUUCUCUAUUUUGUCAGACAAGAACGAAAAAUCGCAUAAAUACGAAACCUUAAAUCUCUCCAAAUACACAUCAUCUUCGCCAACAUUUAGCAGGGCUGGCAGUCCCCUCAAUAAUGACAUGCACGAAAAUGGCAUUAAGUACUGGCAUCUGGUUAAACAUCACGACAACGAUGUCCAGAAGGAGGGUGAACGUGUCAACAAACUAGUUUCCGAAAUCUACUUGACUCGCCUUCUGGCCACCAAAGGCACAUUGCAAAAGUUUGUCGAUGAUCUUUUCGAAACAAUUUUCAGUACAGCCCAUCGUGGUUCCGCAUUGCCAUUAGCUAUUAAGUACAUGUUCGACUUCCUUGAUGACCAAGCCCUCUUGCAUGGCAUCACUGAUCCCGAGGUUGUGCACACUUGGAAAAGCAAUAGUUUACCACUACGUUUCUGGGUGAAUCUCAUAAAAAAUCCUAAUUUCGUUUUUGACAUACACAAAUCGAAUAUUGUCGAUUCAUGUCUAUCCGUUGUCGCACAAACGUUCAUGGACUCAUGCUCCACAUCCGAUCACAGGUUGGGCAAGGAUUCGCCCAGCUCAAAGCUGCUCUACGCAAAAGACAUUCCCGAAUAUCGCAAAUGGGUUGAUCGCUACUACCACGACAUUCGAGAAAUGCCGCCGAUAUCCGAUCAGGAUAUGAACGCCAUGCUGGCCGAGGAGUCGCGCCUUCACACAUCCGAGUUCAACACGAAUUGCGCUCUGCACGAACUCUACACCUAUGUGGUCAAAUAUAAUGAACAAUUGGCCGUCACAUUGGAGGAGGACGAGUUCUCCCAGAAGCAGCGUCUUGCCUACAAACUAGAACAAGUCCACAACAUCAUGUCAGCCGAGUAAUAACUCCUCUGCCCGGGCAAAGUGAAAACUACUAUAUUUUGUAAUAUGUAAUCAUUAACAAUUAAGCAAAGUAAAAUAUUAAACUAAUUGGUGUUCAACAUUUUUUAAUAAGCAGAGAAAACGUAUUGCAAAAAUACCGAGUAAUAAAAGUCAAUCUUGAAAACAAAUUCAAAUUGUAACUCCCAAUUUGGGCUCAAUAAAAAUAAAAACCAA